AUGCCCCUCGACAGAUUCAUUCAUACCGCCAUCGGCACCAAACUCUCCUUCCUGGCAAUAGCCGAACAUUGCAACGUGCCCCCGUCCUUAAAACAAGUCCGGAGACUCCGUGGGGCUCCAAUGGAUAAAUCAUCGGAGUCGUCGUUGUGCAAGGGGGCGCGAGAGACGUGUGUUGUGUUCCCUUGGUUAGGCUGCAGGGUGCAGGGUGAAGUCCAGAGAGCAGCGGACACAGAUAACGACGUGAGCGGCGCGGAGGAGGUGACGUCACAUACCUUCACUCGGCGCCGCUGGGAGCUGCAGCACCGCGCCUCGGGAGAGCCCAGGGUCAAGGCGCCGUCUCGCCGCAGGCCGCAGCUUCUCGAUCUGACCCAAGCGCAUUCUCUGCGCUCCCAGCUUCGUCUGCUGCUGCCCAUGUUGCCCGUAGCCCCUUGCCCCAUCGUGGUGACUCGACUUGAGCCGCUCGCAGCCACGGUGGCGGCGGGGGUGUCUCUGGCCGAGGAGGCCGGGCUCCCAGUGGAUCCGGCCGGCCCCGGCUCCCCGGGUGGGCACAGCUCCCACGGCGUCCCUCGUGCGCCCGGGGGGGUCCCCAGUGACUCGGGUGCCACCGAGGCCUCCAGUGGUCGUCUGAGCUCCAAGAAUGUCUCCCCUUGCGAUGGGUACGGUGGAGACCCCGGAGGAAACCUCAACGGCCACGGUGGAGGCCACGGUGGAGGCCACGGUGGAGGUCACGGUGGAGGUCACGGUGGAGGUCUCAACGGCGCCGGCGGGGUCCCCGGCGGAGGCCGUCUGAUCGGCCGGGACGGCUCGUGCCACCUGCGCUGGGCUCCGCGGGGCCCUCGCGCCGCGCUGCGCCGCCUCGGGGACGUGUGGACGUCGCUGCUCGAGCUGCGCUGGGGCCUCAUGCUGCUCACGUUCGGCGCCACCUUCGCGCUCUCGUGGCUGCUCUUCGGCCUCGCCUGGUACGCGCUGGCGCUGCUGCACGGCGACCUGGGCCCCGGCAGGGAGGCGUCCGCGGGCCCCGUGUGCGUGCAGAAGCUCACGGGGCUGCUGACCGCCUUCUUGUUCGCCCUGGAGAGCCAGCUGACCAUCGGCUACGGGGCCAUGUACCCCGACCCCGAGGCGUGCCCCGCGGCCGCCGCGCUGCUGAGCGCGCACAUGGUGCUGGGACUCAUGCUGGACGCGCUCAUGACCGGAGCGUUCGUGGCCAAGAUCGCGCGCCCCAAGCUGCGCGCCGGCACCAUCCGCUUCAGCGGCGCGGCGGUGGUGUGGGGGGGCCGCGGGGAUCAGCGCCCCCGCCGCCGCCUCCUCGCGUUCCGCGUCGCCAACCUGCGCCCGUCGGCGCUGCUGGACGUGACCGUGACGGCCGUGCUCUACCGCUCGCGGCCGGGCCGCCCGCUCCGCCAGAGCGCCGUCGACUUCCAGCUGGACCGGCUGGGGGCCCGGCCCUGCCCCUACUUCCUCUUCCCGCUGACCUUCCACCACGAGCUGGGCCCCGACAGCCCCCUGCUGCCGCUGCUGCGAGAGCGGAGGUGGCCGGACGAGCACGUGGAGCUCGCCGUGUUCCUGCAGGCCACCUGCGAGGGCUCGGGCACCGUCUGCCGUCAGAGGACCUCGUACCUGAGGUCGGAGGUCCUGGUCGAUCGGCUGUUCGCGCCGAUCGGCUGUCGAUGUGGAGCGCGGCAUCAUGGACCUGUCGUUGUUCGACGUGACGGUGGCGGAGGAGGAGAGUGGCGUCUAGUGGACGCUCACGGAGUCUCAGCGAUGACACGAGUCGACGCGGUGUGGGGGGGGGGGGGCUCGCACCGCUUGAUCCGGCUACGAAUCCAAUCGCCUCCGCGGUCAUCAUCGCCGCCGGCACACGCGGCCAAAGUCUGGCAUCUCUCAUCGCUUGCAAGCCAGCUUCGCUACUGCUGUGCAGAAUAGCAGCACAUGCGACAGUGAAAUUACUCAGGGAUGUUAAGAGCAAAGAUCUAAAUUACUCCAGCGGUUCUCUGCUAAUGAACUGGCCCGAAGCGAAGCACUAACUGCCUACAAGUGGCAUUUUCUGUUUACCGUAUGCGUUGCUUAAAUGAAUGUGAUCUGUAGGUUUCGUUCGUCGCGAGUGACGGUGUGCCGCGUGCCCACGUCCGACCGUGGCACCUGUGGCUCGCCCUGCAAUGCAAUUAAAGUCUCGAGUGUGGUCCGUCCCA